AUGCCACAAAGACAAACCAACAUACAAAGACAAACCGAAAAGACAAACCAACAGACAAAGACAAACCCAAAAGACAAACCAACAGACAAAGACAAACCCAAAAGACAAACCAACAGACAAAAACAAACAAAGACAAGCCACAAAGACAAACCAACAGACAAAGACAAGAUACAAAGACUAACCAAAAAGACAAACCAACAGACAAAGACAAGCCACAAAGACAAACCAACAAACAAAGAUAAUCCACAAAGACAAACCAAUAGACAAAGACAAACCAAUAGACAAAGACAAACCAAUAGACAAAGACAAACCAACAGACAAAGACAAGCCACAAAGACAAACCAAAAAGACAAACCAACAUACAAAGACAAGCCACAAAGACAAGCCAUAAAGACAAACCAACAGACAAAGACAAGCCAUAAAGACAAACCAAAAGACAAAGACAAGCCACAAAGACAAACCAACACCACAAAGACAAACCAACAGAUAAAUACAAGCCACAAAGACAAACCAAAAAGACAAACCAAUAGACAAAGACAAACAAAGACAAGCCACAAAGACAAACCAACAAACAAUGAUAAUCCACAAAGACAAACCAACAGACAAAGACAAACCAACAGACAAAGACAAACCAACAUACAAAGACAAACCAAUAGACAAAGACAAAGCAACAUACAAAGACAAAUCAACAGACAAAGACAAACCAAUAGACAAAGACAAACCAACAGACAAAGACAAACCAACAGACAAAGACAAACCAACAGACAAAGACAAAUCAACAUACAAAGACAAACCAACAGACAAAGACAAACCAACAGACAAAGACAAACCAACAUACAAAGACAAACCAACAGACAAAGACAAACCAACAGACAAAGACAAGCCAUAAAGACAAAGACAAACCAACAGACAAAGACAAGCCAUAAAGACAAACCAACAGACAAUACUAUAUACUAUUGCAAUAUUAAAAUCAUUUUUGCAAAUGUCCAAAUCAUAGUGAUCAAUAUUAUAACCAAUUUGUUAUUCGCUAAAACAGAUGUAGGAGAAAGUAAAGGACUAUUCAAACUCUUAAGUCGAAGAACAAUUGGGAAGCUGAAAUCAUCUCCUUCGUACCAAAUGUUGGUUCAACUGACAUUUAAUUGUCAAUUUCUAGUUGCAAGUCAAGAUAUGAAGCAGCGGACUUAA